CUUACUGACUCCCAAAAUUUGAAAUGGGUCAUUGUCUGCAAGAAGGUCACCUCUUAAUCCUUCGACAUCCGAAAUCUCAAAUGCCCAGCAUAAAUAUAAAGAACAUUGGAAGCAAAAUCUCAAGGGAAGUCUUGGUGGCUCUUGAAGGCGAUUUUCUGGAUUGCUUAUGUGAUCGUGUCUCAAUCAGGGAAUAAGGAGAGUACCAAUCAGAUGUUCGGAUACAGGCUAGCAAAAACAAUGAAAGAAAACUUGUCUGCUUGUAUUACACUUAUUGAGCCUCAGACAAAUAAUAAUGAAAAGAAUAAACAAAAUAUUAAAUUAUAGAAUGCAACUUUUAGUUGAUGGCCUGGAUAAUCAAUUGAUCCUUUCGUUGUGCUUUCUUCAUCAACCAUUUGUCAAGGGGACCAACACAUUAGUUCAAAUUCAGAAGCUUUUGGCGAAAAUGCCAAAUAUUUGAGAGAUAGAAUAUAAGAAGAAAUUGUCAAAUUCAGAAGCUUUAACCAAAGAAGAAGUCAUUGUGUCCGCGAUGGGACCAAUGCUUGGUACUUAGUUUCUGUCAUCAACUACAUCCCCGAGAUUCCUUGGCCUCUUAUAUUAUAGAGAGGAAUUGCUUAAUUGUAAGUCUAUGGUUGAUUAAAGAGGGUUGCAAGAACAGCACGGACUAUGAUGAUUUUGGUUUUGAGUUGUGUGUUAGUGUGCUUUGUCAUAUUAUUUCUCAUCAAGUUCUUAUAUGAAGUAUGGUGGAAACCAAUUCACGUACAAUCUGCACUGAGGUCACAGGGAAUAAGAGGCCCCCCUUACAGAUUUUUCCAUGGAAAUGCAAAAGAUAUCAUCAGAAUGAAAAAUGAAUCCUUCACCAGUUCCAUGGAAUUAUCACAUCAAAUAUUACCUAGAAUCCAGCCUCACUAUUAUUUAUGGAACAAGCUAUAUGGGAAUAAUUGUGUCAGUUGGCUUGGUCCUCGACCUCAGUUGAUCGUCACGGAGCCUAAUCUGGUUAAAGAGAUACUGAACAAAGAUGAAUUGUAUCCAAAACCGGAGUUUGAAUCUUAUUUGAAAAACCUCUUUGGGGAUGGACUUGUAACAACCAGAGGUGAAAAAUGGUUUAGGCAGCGUAAACUGGCGAAUCAUACAUUUCAUGGAGAUAACUUGAAAGUUAUGAUUCCAGCAAUGAUCGCGAGUGCAGAGAUGAUGCUUGAAAGAUGGAGACAGCAUGAAAGCAAGGAGAUUGAUGUAUACAUAGAAUUCAAGCUAUUAACAUCUGAAAUAAUUUCCAGGACAGCCUUUGGAAGCAGCUACUUGGAAGGGAAGCAUAUUUUUGAUUUGCUAUCGAGGCUGAUUCUUAUACUUUCCAGAAAUAAUUAUCAAGUCAGAAUUCCUGGACUAAAAAAAAUUAUAAAGACAAAGGAUGAUAUCGAAGCAGAUAGACUGGAACAUGGCAUGCGAGACUCCAUCUUAAAGAUGAUAAAGAAGAGGGAAGAGGAAGCAAAGAUGCGUGAAGUGGAUAGCUAUGGAAGUGAUUAUCUUGGAGUAUUGAUAAAGGCAAACAGGGAUGUGGAUAAGACCAAGCAAAUAUCCAUAGACGACCUAGUUGAUGAGUGCAAGACAUUUUAUAUUGCUGGACAUGAGACAACUACUAGUUCACUCACAUGGAGUGUUCUUCUUCUAGCAAUGCACAGAGAUUGGCAAGAAAAAGCUAGGAAGGAAGUCCUGGAAUUAUUUGGCCAAAGAAAUCCAACUUCAGAUGAAAUAUCAAGAUUGAAGAUCAUGAAUAUGAUUGUCAAUGAAACUUUAAGGUUAUACACUCCUAUUACUACUCUGAUAAGAGAAGUCCAGAAGGGAACCAAAUUGGGGAAGCUAAUUGCUCCAGCUAGGAUGGAUGUCCUGAUUCCAACUCUAGCAGUGCAUCAUGAUCCUGAAAUAUGGGGAGAAGAUGUUCAUCUCUUCAAACCGGAAAGAUUUGCAGAAGGGGUGGCUAAGGCUACAAGGAAUAACAUUGCAGCAUUUUGCCCAUUUGGUUUGGGACCAAGGAAUUGUGUGGGCAUGAACUUUGCCAUGACAGAAACAAAGAUUGCACUCUCAAUGAUCCUACAACGUUACAGGUUUACUUUGUCACCAAGUUAUGUCCAUUCACCCAUUGUCCUUAUCGCAGUUUGCCCACAAAGUGGACUUCAAAUCACUCUUCAGCCCUUGUAAGUCCUGAAUUGCUGAUGGUUGUCUUGAUUUGGCAUGGAAUAAUCAUUUCAGUUUCUCAGUUAAACGUGUUCAUUAGUGUUAGGAAUUUAGGAUGUUUGUGUUCCUCAUAAAUAUAAAUUAAAUAAAAAGAAGGGCUUACUUUCAAAUUUGACAAAAAUAUU